UCGGUUGCGCUUCCGGCUCAGUGAGUCUGGGCAUAUGGCGCCGGUGUCCGGUCUGCGCCUCCCGAGGGCUCUGAGGGCGGCGACGAGCCUCAGGGGGACCAGCACCGCAACCGCCGCAGCGCGUCAGCAGUACUGUCUGCAGCUGGUCAGAAACCGAGACUAUGAGGGUUUCCUAUCCUCCCUGCUGUUCCCUUCAGAAUCUUGCAGUUCUGUCUUUGCAAUAAGGGCCUUCAAUGUGGAAUUGUCUCAGGUCAAGGAUUCUGUGUCACAGAAAACCAUAGGUCUAAUGCGAAUGCAGUUUUGGAGGAAAGUGAUUGAAGAUAUUUACAGCGAUAUCCCUCCUCAGCAACCUGUUGCCAUGGAGCUAUGGAAGGCUGUAAAGAGACACAAGCUGACAAAGCGAUGGUUUAUGAGAAUUAUUGAUGACCGAGAAAAGAACUUGGAUGACAAGGCAUAUCGAAACAUUCAGGAGUUGGAAUCCUAUGCAGAGAACACUCAAUCAUCUCUCAUCUACCUCAUGUUAGAAGUAUUAGGUGUAAAGAAUGUCCAUGCAGACCAUGCAGCCAGCCACAUUGGGAAAGCUCAGGGAAUCGUCACAUGUCUACGGGCAACGCCCUAUCACAGCACCAGGCGAAAAGUUUACCUUCCAGUUGACAUUUGCUUGCUGCAUGGCGUUUCACAGGAAGACUUUAUUCGAGGAAGCCGGGAAAAAAAUGUCAGGGAUGUGAUAUUUGAUGUAGCGAGUCAGGCUCAUGUUCAUCUUCAACAUGCAAGGUCAUUCUGCAAAGAUGUCCCUUUGAAAGCGCACCCUGCAUUUUUGCAAACGGUUGUUCUGGACAGAUAUUUGAACAGAAUUCGCAAAGUGGAUUUUGAUGUAUUCCAUCCUAGUCUACAGAAGAGGAAUUCAAUGCUUUCCUUCUCUUUGUACAUAAGAUCCUGGAAGAAAACCUAUUAAUAUUUAAUAAUAAACUGACUUAUCA